AUGGCAACCUGUGCCGGGCCUAGACCAGAGGCUCCCAACAACGAUGCCGGAGUAGAUUUUAUAUCUACUCAUCCAUUUGUCAAGGCAGCAGUUCAAGAAAAGAUUCGUGGAACAAUUUUUGGAUCUGCAUUAGGGGACUGUAUUGGUCUAUACACAGAAUUUUUGUCCAAACAGAUUGCCAAAGACGCAUACCCUCAGGGUAAAUUUCAGCUGGUAUAUCCACCCUCUAAAUUCCGAAAUGAUGGACAUAGAAACAAAUUUGAGCUUAAAGCAUGGACAGAUGAUACAGACCAUGCCCUUUUGAUACUCCUCUCGUAUCUACACCACAACGGUCAAAACUUUUCUGCUUUCGAUAUAGCAGAACGAUUGAAGAUUUGGGUCACGCAAGGGUUAAGAGCUCUGGACCGGCCUCCCUGUGGCAUAGGAAAAACAGUCGGCUCGAUUGUCCUGGAUAAGGAAUAUCUCACUGACCCAAGCCAAAAGGCACAUCAAUACUGGGUUAAAGGCGGUAGAAACAUUGCACCAAAUGGAUCCUUGAUGCGAACACAUCCGCUCGGUAUCAUAUGUCUUGCCUCUAGCCUCGAUAAAACGUUCCAGGUUGCCACAAAUUUCUCUCUAAUUACUCAUGCGGAUCCAAGAUGCGUUCUGGCAUGUUGCAUUUCCACAGGAUUAAUUCGCGGGAUCCUGAGGGGCGAAAUUCUGGAUGAGAGCAGCCUGGAUGAUCUCAUGGAAGAUGCUUAUAGAUGGGUAGGCUUGUGGAUCCGAGACGUUCGACUUGCCAAAUCUAGAGAGCAAGAACUGAGUGAAAAUGAAACAUCUGAGCCUGACGCCCGUGAGUUUCUUGACAAAGAAGAGUUUGAUAAGCAUGUCUAUGCAAAAGCCUUUUCAGACCUGCAGCUCGAUGAUUCAUACAAGAUCCUACUACGCCGUCGUCCGUCCACUGUCGACCUGGCCCUCACCGAGGAGCCCGGUGCACUUCUUGGAUGCUGGUUAGGGUAUAACUCUCUUCCUUCUCACUGGAGAGAUGGUAUGGAUAACCAUGACUGGCUUAUGCAAAAGUGCAACGCCCUUAUCCAGACAAUAGGUGUCGGGAGCGAAGCUACUCCGUCAUAUGAUGGAAAAUCGGACCCUGAUACCUCCCCUGACGGAGGCAAAGGACUUAUGAGCGAUGAAGAGCUGGGAAAAAGGGACAGUGACAUGAUGUUCAGGUAUAUGACUCGACAUGCGGAAGGGGUGGCAGAAGAGAAGGCGCGCUUAAAGGCAGAGGAGAAGCAGAAAAAGGGCUGGAAGAGUUUUUUGGGGUGA